GGCAAGCGCACCAUGGUGCUGAGCGCGGAUCAGGUGAACCUCAUCGGUCAGGUGUUCGAGUCCUACGUGAUGGAGCACCACAGGGACGACAUCCUGGGCAUCCUAAGGGAGGCCGACGAUGAGGCGCACUACCCUGUGGUUGUCGAUGCCUUGACGCUCUUUGAGACCAACAUGGAGAUCGGGGAGUAUUUCAACGCCUUCCCCAGCGAGGUACUCACGGUUUUCGACAGCGCGCUGCGCCGGGCGGCCCUGGCAGCGCUGCAGGAUGCUGCUGCGGGCUCUCCGCAGCUCAGCCUGAAGCAGAACCUCCACGCCAGGGUGUCCGGUUUGCCUGUUUGCCCAGAGCUGACUCGAGAGCACAUUCCUAAAGCCAGGGAUGUGGGUCACUUUUUGUCUGUUACUGGGACUGUCAUACGUACCAGUUUGGUGAAAGUUUUGGAGUUUGAACGGAGUUAUAUCUGCAAUAAGUGCAAGCAUGUGUUUGCUGUCAAGGCUGACUUUGAGCAGUACUACACAUUCUGUCGUCCAUCAUCCUGUCUGAAUGAAGAAGGCUGCAACUCAACCAAGUUCACUUGUCUCUCUGGAACAACCUCUUCUCCUGCUUGCUGCAGAGACUAUCAAGAAAUCAAAAUUCAGGAACAGGUUCAAAGACUGUCUGUUGGAAGCAUCCCUCGUUGCAUGGUGGUUGUUCUAGAAGAUGACCUAGUGGACAGUUGCAAGUCUGGAGAUGACAUUACAGUGUAUGGAGUGGUAAUGCAGAGGUGGAAACCUUUCCACGAGGGUGCACGCUGUGACUUGGAGCUUGUUUUGAAAGCCAACUAUGUUAAAGUAAACAAUGAGCAGCUGGCAGGGGUCGUAAUAGAUGAAGAAGUCCGCAAGGAAUUUAAAGACUUCUGGGAAAGGCAUAGGAAUGAUCCCUUAGCAGGGAGAAAUGAAAUUUUGGCUAGCUUAUGUCCCCAAGUUUUUGGAUUGUACCUGGUGAAAUUGGCUGUAGCCAUGGUGCUUGCUGGUGGUGUGCAGAGAACCGAUGCUACCGGAACUCGAAUCAGAGGUGAAUCGCAUCUUCUGUUGGUUGGAGACCCAGGUACAGGGAAAUCUCAGUUUCUCAAGUAUGCAGUAAAGAUCACGCCACGCUCUGUGCUUACUGCAGGAAUUGGAUCUACAAGUGCAGGUCUGACAGUGACUGCUGUGAAGGACUUUGGGGAGUGGAACUUGGAAGCUGGAGCACUGGUACUUGCAGAUGGAGGCCUUUGUUGCAUUGAUGAGUUCAAUAGUAUCAAAGAACAUGACAGAACCAGUAUCCAUGAAGCAAUGGAGCAACAAACCAUCAGUGUUGCAAAGGCAGGCUUGGUCUGCAAGCUUAAUACAAGGACAACUAUCCUGGCAGCAACAAAUCCGAAAGGCCAUUAUGACUCUAAUGAGUCUGUCUCUGUCAACAUAGCUCUUGGCAGUCCCCUGUUGAGCAGAUUUGACCUGGUCUUAGUAUUGUUAGAUACAAAGAACGAGGAAUGGGACCGCGUCAUUUCAUCCUUCAUUUUGCAGAAUAAAGGUUGCCCAAGCAAAUCCGAAAAGCUCUGGAGCAUGGAAAAGAUGAAAACCUAUUUCUGCCUCAUCAAAAAUAUACAGCCAAAAUUGUCUGGUGAGAGCAACCUGAUCCUUGUACGGUACUAUCAAAUGCAACGUCAGAGUGACUGCAGAAAUGCUGCCCGAACUACCAUUCGCUUACUAGAGAGUUUGAUCCGCCUUGCAGAAGCUCAUGCCCGACUGAUGUUUAGAGAUACUGUGACUGUGGAAGAUGCUGUAACUGUGGUAUCAGUGAUGGAAUCUUCUAUGCAGGGUGGUGCACUUCUUGGAGGCAUCAAUGCCUUACACACCUCAUUCCCUGAAGAUCCAAUGGCUCAGUACCGUACACAAUGUGAACUCAUAUUGGAGCGAUUGGAGCUGCAAGGUCUUCUGCACAAAGAGCUACAAAGACUUGACAGAUUACAAAAGGAAAAUCCAUGCCACCUGCAGCCUGAACAGACAGGUUUCAAUCCUAUUACAGGAUGCUUGAACAAGGACACAUUUGGGCAGUCAAAGCAACUACCUCAGUCAGAACCUUCAAAUCAACAAGAGAAUAACUCCAAGCCAAAGCCUUCUUUGCCCGAAGACAACUGUGAAGGGAGUAUACAUCUAGAUCCCUUGUGCAGCCCAGCAUAUGUUCAUGAUAAGAAUGCAAACCACUUAAUCAAACAUAGUAAGAGAGAUGGUGAAGGCAGCUUGGCGUGGUUUGACAGCUUGGAAGAGAGCAACACUGAUGCUGAAGAAACUUUCAAGAAAAAGUCUCCGGUGCCCAAGAUACCUCCAAAUAAUUUGACUUCAAAAGCCCUGUGUAAAACAUCCUCUUCUGAAGAAAGGAGUGCUUCAAUACCAAAAAAGGAAAAUGGAAUGAAAGAGUCACUAGCAACUGUGAAUCUACAUGCUCCUUUGGAACAAGACGAAGUUGCCAAGAUAAGCAGGACAAGGACUGAAGAACACAACUCUUCUUCUUCAGAAGCAAAUACUGAAGACCCAGCAUCACCAAGUGCUAGUGUGCAGGAUUCAGUUAUUACACAACGGGUUUCAAAAAGCUGUCAGAGACUGCGCACUGAGAAAUCACAUGGAUUCUUUACAAGUACACAGGACCCUGAGGCAAAGGCCAUUCCUACAGUAUUACCUGCAUCUGGCCUUUCAGAUUUUUCAAGUGAUGCAGAUUCUGUGCUACCGGAAGAAAAGAACAGUGUAUGUGGAGGAGCAAAACCAGCAACAGUUUCCAUGAGAAAGCGAAGUAAAGGUCAAACAGUGAAGGAAACAAAUGUAGCAGGUUCCCAUGAGCCAGAAAUCCUUGACAGUGAAAGUCCUCCAGCCGCUAAACUAGCUAAAUUUACUUUCAGAGCAAGAACAAAACUUAAUCAUUCUUCAGAGAAGAAAAAUGAAGACUUUUCUCUUUUUCAGAGUGAAACUAUUUUUAAGCCUGGAGAGCAGCUCCAGGGAGAGCAGCUGCUAGAGGAAUGCUGCCCCCCUGAGAAAUGUAAUAUGACAUUAAGUCGCUUAGGGAAAGCCCGUGUGGAAAAACGAUCAAUUGAUAAUAAAGGGAGAGAAGAGCAACAGAAUCAGGCCUUAGGGAAAGAGAUCAGAGGAAAUGCAACAGUACACUCUCAUGUCAGGUUUGAUGCUAUGUCAUCUCCACCCACUGAAAAGAAAAAGGAGGGAGAGGAGAAGCUGAGUGGCCCAAGCAUGGGGAAGGUGUGCUCCAGCACAUUAGCCAAGCUGUCAACAUUCUCCUUUGCACCACAUCCUGAGUCACAAUUGGCAACCUCAUCUACCAUUAAGGGUGACACUAACAAAGAAAGACAUAGCCACUUGCACAUGAGUAAUCCUAGCAGAAGGAAGAGUUUUGCAUUGGAAAAUGCUAGUAAAGCCAGUGUGGUCACACAGAAAUCUCUCUUCUCAAUAGCAGAACUGGAUGAUGCUACCUUAGAUUUUGACUGGGAUGAAGAGGUUAGGAAAGGCCCAAGCACGUAACAUAUAUCCUCCAAAUUACUUGGUGUGCAGUUCUCCUGAAUCUCCAUCCUUCUGUCAAUUGUAUCCAUAAUUUACAAAGUAUUUAAAACCAAUCAUCCUGGACCUCUGUUGAUAACAAUGAACAUACUUUCUUUAAAUGCUUUAUACUUUACAUCAGACUGUGUAUACCACAGGACUGAUGUGUCUUUCAGUUCCCAAGACUGUGUAUCAGUUGACUCCUUUGAUUGACCUGAUGUAACCGAAAAACUUAUAUGUUCAUAUACCUGGAGUAUAGUGAAUCUUGCAGAAAAGCAGGCUUAAUUGACUGUUAUCCUUUAGUUCCUGUAGCGGUUAGAGCUCUGCAUGAUUCAGAUUGUCCUUCUGAAUGACUGUGCCACUUUAGAAAAAUGAUGAUGCUAAAGCUAUGUCAUUAUAUUUUGCUUUUGUAUAUAUGCUAUUUGUCUCAGUGUGGUUAACAAUAUCAUGAGUUAUCAUCAUGCUAUGGUAAAUAUUUCUGUAUUAGUGUCAUUGUGACAAUUUUGCUGUAUCUCUGGUUACUGUGCUGGUUACAGUUGCCACUGCUGAUGUUGAAGACAUGGAUCAAGAGCUUUUUGUUUCUGGAGUUUUUUUGUUUGGUUGGUUUUGGUAGGGUUUUGUUUGUUUGGGGAUUUUUUUAUUUUAAACACACUGGUUCAGAUCUGUGUCUAUAUUCUGAGUCAUUUUAUCAAAACCCAACUCUGUAAUAAACAUACAGUUCUCCACUGCAGAGACACAAAAUUCACGUGAUUGAAUGGGAGUCUUUAGUAACUUAACUUUCACACAUAUAAGCUACACUUCAAAUCUAGCAGCAUGGUGACGAGCUACCCUAGUAUAGCUUGGCACUGACUCAGAUCAUUUUUACUUGACUAUUUUAAUUGUGAUUAGAGUUCUGCUGUAUCAGAUACGUAGUUUCUCUUCUGUAGUAUGCUGCAUUCUAUGUCAUUCAUUUGCUAAUGGAAAAUUAAUUUGCUAAUACAUUACAGGUUUACAGAAAAGGUAAGCCUUACAUUUCUUCCAGUGACUUGCCUGGUAUGUUUCUUCUGUAUUUCAGUCCUCCACAGAAUAUUGUUGUUAUUACCUGCAAGGUAAACAGAGAAUGAAGUGAUUGCUUACAGCACAGUAAAUCCUUUGAGAGGCUUGCUAGCACAAUGAACAUUUUAUUUUCUUAUGAUUUGAUUAAAUUUGGAAGUAGGUCCAUUGAAACCAGGUGAGUUGAAAUACUGCAAGAUUUCAGAGAAUGAGGGAGUUUGAGGCCCAAGUACUUUGGUGUGAUACAGUGAAAUCAUAACUAAUUCUAGUAGUUGGCUUACUAUGGAGAGUUUGGGAAAAUGACAGAAACAUUACUGUUCAGACUGAUUGUGUGGUGGUUCCUCCACUGAAAACAUGACAUCAAAAGAAGUGGAAUUUAUCCACCUCUCUCUGAGAGCACAGAGACAUCCCAUUUUGUUCAUUUCUCACAAAGAUGUAAGUAAGGGUUGCAGUGACCUGCACUCAUGAUCUUACUCCUGUGAAAAUCAGAAAUUCUCUACAGGAAGCUGUAUCUAUGCUGAAACUGGUGAAAGGCCAAGAAUCCUGCAGCUAUUGAAAUUUAUUAUGAUCUUCAGACUUGAAUUUUCACAGGCCAGAACAGUUUUCAUCACCACUGGAGCUGCAUCAGCCCCUUACAUGGUGGUCUCAUUUACAAUCAAAAAUCCUCCUCACUAGCUGUUUGGUUUGAUGGAUGUUACUAGCUGGCCAGUGCAAAGGCAGAACAUAGCUUCUGGAGCCCCAUAGUCCAGCAUCGCAAUUUUUUUUUUUUUUUUACCAUGUAAAAUGAUACAAAAAAAAAAAAAAACAGUUGAGAAAUUUCAUCCACCUGUGCUGGAAAUGUUUUAUUUCUCACUUCCUUAUGAGAUCAGUAGCUAGGGUUCUCAUCUAAUGCAAUUUGCUAUGUAAAGUUAUGGGACGAGAUGCUCCCAAGAGCUGUGGGAUCUUUUCCUUAAUACUCUUUUGUGGGAGGUUGGUUGAUUUUCUUCCCUCUACCCAGUGGAAAUUAGAACUCUCUUGAAAUCAGCAGAGUCAAGAUGGCACAAAAUUGGGGUGCGAGUCAAGCUCAAAAUUUCCUUCAUAGUCCCCAUGCUUAUGCUGUGUUUGAGAAGGUUCUGGUUUUGUUAUAUUCUGCUUGUUUCAAAGUUGUUGCCCUGUAAUAUCUGUGUGAUAGCUGGGGAAACUACACAAUGAAGUGGAGCAGCUGUAUUGCAGAACAGCUGAAAUGCCAGGUAAUGCAGUCAGCUGUCCUCCUUACUAAUGAAACCUCCAGUCUCAUGAAGCAAGGAAAUCCCCGGUUAGCACCAACUGAGAGAACUGGGUGCUCACAGUCCUGUGGUGUCCUUAAGUCUGUGUAUAGAUUGUUGCAGCUGAGUAAAUAGAAGACAAUUAAACCAAGUUUAUUUUUUCAUAGAUAAAGUGUUUCCUCUGAUCCAGCAGUAAAACUCAGCCUAGAAUACUGAGGUACUGUAUGUCCCACAGCUUUUCCAGUCAUAAAAUACUAAUCACAUUUGCGUUCCUGUUCAGCAGUGUGGCUGACAAAAUACUGCUAGAUCCCUAAUUUUGUAUUUAAUUCAUCUGGUUUGAGUUGAAAUCUGCAGUUGAACUGUUCUUUUAAAGCACAGUCAGAGCUGUGGGCAAGCUGGCAACUUGCUGGAGACUAGAUCUCUUAGGGUAGGCUCCCUGAUGUGCCUUAGUGCCUGGUGGGCUCAACCAGCUCAGUAUACUGCCAGACCUUUGGGAUACAUUCUUUCACUGCCUUAGAACAGUAUGGCCAAGCAAGGUAUAUGUAUAUUGACCUACCUCAACUUAGAGGAGGCUAAAUGUGUGAGCUAUUUUACAGGCUUGCUGAAAUGCCCCAACAGCAAGAAGAAAGUUGCAGCAGCUUCUGUUACAGCAUGUCUAGAAAGGACCUUCAAUGCUUAGCAAACAGAACCAGGAAGGAUAAAGAAAUACCAUGGCAUCAGAGCUCCUUGUUAACAUGGGCAGAUUAGCCCACUUAAACCAAGCUUUUCACUAGUAAGUGCAAACUUUGUACAUUAAGUCUUUAACGCUCGCCAUUUCAAGGCCUGAUUUGCAGAUAUCCUGAGUACUUAACAGCUGCAACUUAAAUCAAUGAGACAUGUAAGGUGCAGUGUUAAUUAUAAUUUUGCUCUUCUGACUUAAUUUGUCUCAUAUCCUUGGUUGUGAAAUGGCCCCUUCAAGAAAUGGUAGUGGGUGUUCUCACUUAAGGUACCCUGUGUUCUGGGGGUGGAGGAAACAAGAAAGGGAUACAGUUUCAAACCUCUUCCUGCUGAGAACAUCUGAGAACUAAAGACCUCCCACAUGCUAGCACCUCUCUUUACUAAAUUACAAGUCAAUCUUGCACCCUUCAAAACAAUACUUUUGAGUUCAUCAGGACAAGUUUGAUAAUGCCAAGGAGACUUUUCCAGAUCAGUGAAGGAGUUUUGUCUGCAGAGCUUUGCAGCCCUGGAAAGAGCAUGGCUGGGUUGCUAACUGCCACUUCUAUAUGUUUUAGGUAUCAUUAACAGGAAAAAAGAAAAAAGCACUGUUGUCCUUUCAAAUUGCCUGCAAAGAGGUCCUGGUGACCUAAGUGUGUUAGGUAAGCAACCAAAGAAUAAAUUUGGAAGAGCAGAUACUGUUGAGAUCUUUCUUUACCAGACCAGUUGAAAUAAUACUGUUGUGGUAUUGGUAUUGCUUCUGAUUCAUAGCAUGAACUUAGAGCAUUCAAGAUAAAUGGGAAGCACACAGUAAUAAGAAAAUUACACCUGCUGCUGAUUCACUCUCUCCCUCACCAUUGCCAUUGCUACAGAACCCAUUUAUCAGUGCUUUGGCAGGAAACAUUGCUAACUUCGUUUGCCUUUUAAACCAACUUCCCCCACAAAUGGUCAUAUGGUUAAAUGGCUUUGGAGCGCUAGAAUAGCCUAAUGAUAGGAGGAUUUAAUCCAUUCUGGCAGUGAGAGUCUUCUGGGCUAACCUACAGAUUAAUUUCCUCUGCCGAUGAUUUGUGCAGUCCAAUGAGCAGUUAAGUCACUUCCUGCCAGCCUGCCUUCCUGGCCAGGCACAGAGCCAUUAUCUCCUUUAAUACUUGCCUCUCUUGAGUUUAUGAUCUUAUAAAAUCCUGUCCAAUGUGUCUUCUCAGAGUGACUAUAUGCAAAUAUGUAUCAAGCUGAUUAUUACUGUUGAGUACACUAUUUUGUUAAGCUGUGUUUUAUCUUUAUGAGUGUUGUUCAUUAAAGGCAAAUACAAAUGUUGCUGUCUGAAAACCCGGUUGAACCAAACCUUGAAGCCACUGAUUCUAGCAGCACGUUGAUCAUGUCCUUCUUUGUGAGCACAAUGUUGUUAGCUAUUCAGUGGCCAGACUCCACUGCCUUGAUUGAAACCAAAUUUUGUCAAUUCAGCAUGGGACAAGAUCACAGUUUUGCUGUCACUGUCCCAUGGUAGUGUUCUACUAGAUGGCCCAUGCAGACAUGAUGAUGAGUCAAAGGGAGGUGGAAAGCAAGAAACCCAAUGAUUUAAUUAUAUUUUUAUAUCAUUUAAUUAUAUUU